AUGGCCGACUCGCUAUUUUCAUCCGGCCUGUUUUUGCCACAUUCACCUGCCUCAUCAGCUGGUGAUUCUUUGGAGACACCAACAUCACUCUUUCAGGAUUUCCCUCCACUGAGCACACUCGACAUGGCUACCUCUUUGGAAGAUCCUCUCACCUUUGAUCAAUUUCUCAACUUUGAAGAGGAUCAACAACAACAUCAGCCACCAUCACCAGUGUCACCACCAUCAAGCACUGUUAGUAUGAGUGAUGAUGCUUCUCCCAACAACCAGGCACCACAGUCGACUACUACAGGCAAACGACCAGUGCGACAAAUGGAGUGUUACAACUGCCAUGUCACAAAGACACCCUUAUGGCGUCGUACACCUGAUCGUGCUCAUUCACUUUGCAAUGCCUGUGGUCUUUAUUACAAGCAAUACAACCAGCAUCGACCAUUGCAUAUCCGACAAAAGAAUCCAAGCAAGAAGCAACAGCAACAGCAGCAGCAGGCUAAAUUUGCUGCCACUGCAGCCGUUGCAGCCAAUCUUUUGCGCCCAUUAUUGCUGGCAGCACCUCCGCAACCCCAACCAUGCACAGGAGCUUGUUUGCAACCUGCUGGUCACUGCCAAUGUAUCAAUGCCAAUGUCAUGUUUAAAAUGGCUAAUGUACGUCCACUCGCUAUACGUAAACCUAUUGAGUCAGCAUCCUCAGCCCCUUCACUUGGUGACAAGCGUACAUACUCUCAUUUGGAUGAUGAUACAUGGGAUGUUCCUCAAAAGAAAAUGUGCCAACAACAACCAUUAAGUGAGAUGGAUGAUACACGAUUCAAGAUCUUGCUCAGCCAUAUGAACGAGCAACAAAUGCAUGGAUUCCUCGAAAUGUUGGAGCGACGUUGCGACAUCUUGCGGGCCGUGCUUUUUCCGAAGGAAGCUUAA